AUGGUCGGAGACAAUGGCCCAGCUCAGCGGUCCCCGGCCGAGCGCCGCUCUCUGCCCCUUAGACCUGCCCUGCGCGGCCGCGGUUCAGCCCGGCUGCGCCGCUCAUCGCCCGCUGCUGGGGGGCAAAAGCCCCCGUCGCUGGCAGGCUGCGCGCCGCAAAGGUUAACGCCGCCCGCCGCGGCAGAAACUGGAGCCCCCCGUUGUUCUUCCAGCAGCAGUGACGGGACUGACAACUGCGGCUGCCUCGCUUCAUUCCACAGCCGCCCGCCCGGGACUCUCCCUCCGCCCGGAGCCAGCGGCAUGAGAUCUAUUGUGACCUGGCUGGCACGAGCGAGCCAAGAGCCAUCAUCACCCCCUGCUGCACAUGGUCCCCUACGGCAGGGAGGCCGGGCUCGGGGGGAUCAAGGCGGGGACGCCUGGAAAAGUCACUGGUCUUCAUCGUCCCGGGCUGGCUGCCCUUGCGAACUACUGCGGGGCGUUAUUAGCUCAGUGGGCUGGAGCAAGGAGUCCCCAAGGAGAAAACUUGGGCUUGGACUUCAGUACUGCAAGGAGAACACUGCUGAAUACAGGAAACUCACAAGCAAGCUCUCUGACUGGACUAGAAACAAAAGUGAAACCGACUUGCCUGUUUUCUUCCAGCAAGUUGAGUGAAGCACUCAAAGUCAAAGGGACUAGACACUUAUAUUGAAAGGCAGCAUAUUUAAAACUGGUAAGGAAUAUUCUGUCCACGGGACAUUUAGCCUAUGGAUUUAUUUAGUUAUUUAUUAUUAAUGGAGA